UGCCGAAAUUAAAUUUUGCUUUGUUGCUCGGGUUGAACUUUGAAAUAAUUCGUUUCGUUUGUAUUGAAUCGUUAAAUAAACGCCUUAUUUUGGUUUAAAGUUCAAGGAUAUGUAGCGGUUUGGACAUCAUUAUGGCAUACGGUAUCAUACAGACAUACAUUUGCGCAACGUUACAGCGUUUAAUAUAUUGAAGACUGAACUAAAAUGACAGGUAUUUUAAAUGCUAGUAAUAUUUACAUUUGUAUAGUAUGCAGUAAGGAUAGUAAACGUCGAUAGUUAGCUGUAAGAUUGCGUACUUUUGUUUGUAAUGUGGGGAUGUGUAGAUUCUCGUAGUUAAACUGCGAUUUUUUUGUUUUGUAAAGAGUCGAUGAAUGACGUGUUAGUAUUGACAAUCACAGAUAUAGGCAAAUUUUUAUGUUGCUAAUAACAUUUAUAUUAAACGUAAAUGUAAAUUGAGUAUUCUUCUGAGACAAAGGCAGUCAACGAGGCUUUAAUACAAUAGGCUACUUGCAGAUCAGUGUGAAAGAAAAUAUUGCUGAAAUCAUUCAAAUUUAAUGAGAUAAUUGAGAUUCAGCUUGCUUGACCUUGAUAAAAAAAGUGACAUCGUGCAUAUACAUUAUUAUAUCCCCUUGAAAAAAAUUGGAACUUGUGGAAAGGUAAUCAAGUUUUCCUGAUUGCUGUAAUGAUUGCUGAACUGGUUGAAAACCUGUUUUCCGUUGUGGGAUUGAUAAAGAUUCCAUUGCCUGUUGUACAUAUUAUAAACUUGACUGCACAGUUCACUCUACAGACCGUCUUCCAGGGCUGUGGAUAUAUUGCAUAGUUUAGUUUGUUCCCUAAGUUUCAUUAUAAUAAGUCCCUACAUCCCUUGUAAACAAUACUAAUUACUGUUCACCAAGUGUAGAGAUUCUAUCAAAAUAACACACCCUGAAAUUCUGAAUUUUCCAAAGCUUGCACACCUGCUUGCAGACUUUAUCUCAGCAGGUGAUAUAAUUAUACUAAGUACACAAAAACUUGUGGUCCAGUGUAAAAAAUUGUGUUAUUGUGAUCUAACUUGGAUGAAAAUUAUGUUGUUCAUAAAUAAAGAUUGAUUUUGCUUGAUUCAAUAAGGACUAGAGCCUAGGCCUUGAGACGGCGAAGUAGAACGGAAGGGUUCGCUCUGGCGUUUUUUUUUCAAUCAUCUCGUGUGCAGGUUACGGAUUAAGUUAAGCGGAUGAAUAUACUUCUAAUGACAAUGAUUCGCUUGUUGUUUGUGAACAAGAAAUUGCUGUGGCUGUUUGUUUCAGGAGAUGUAUAGUUUUGUUGUAUUCUUAAAAUGUUUAUGGAAACGCGUUAUUCACUGAGACGACGGCAAUGAUCUCGUGUGGAAGACAGAGGAAUCGUUAUAAUCUCAAGAGCCACAAUGAGGCGUUUAUCAUUAAAUUCGACGUUCCAACGAACUUUUCUAUAUCUCGUCGUGGCUUUGAUUUUGUUCAACGGAAUAUGUGUCAUCGUUUCGCCAGAGUUCUCGCUCAACGCUCUGUUCCGAUACAUUGUCAGUCGCGGUCCAGAUGCAGAGAAAACCGCCGCUGCACCCUGCCCAAAAAUGUCCAUCCAGCCCGCACUCUACCCCAGGCUCUCCGACGAGAGCCUCGCCUGUCGACCACAUAUCCAAUCAGAGAAGGCCUGUGCAUACACUGCGCGUGCGUAUGCCUCACAUCCGUCGCUCCGGGAUUGCCCGGAGCUGCCAUACGAACUAUGCACCGUCUCGGAGAAAGUACCCGCUCGCGGGAACUACACUUAUGCAUCGCUCACAAUCAGUUGCGAUAUGUCUUUGUGUGACCUAGAAAAACCAAUGUUUAUUGAAAUGAUGAACCCAAGCGAUGGACGAAUGACCAGGGCUUCUAUUCCGAUGGGUGCAAAUGAUUCUACGGUCGAGAGGUAUGUCUUGGAAUAUGCAGAAAAAGCCCGGACAGCUGAUCUCAAUUUUUUGUACCUAAAUUGCACUGGACUGUAUACUCGUGCCAAGAUUUCACAGUUACUUACAUUUUUACCUGCGCUACCGCGCUCCGUGAAAGAAACGCGGAAGGAGAGGGUGAAUGUGAAUGUUGUAUUGAUAGAUUCACUUUCCAGAGCGCAUUUUUAUCGUUCUUUACCAAAAACUGUCGAAUUUUUGCGGAAAAAGAACGUAGACCCUGAUUUUCCCGCGCACGUUUUUGAAUACGAACUUUUCCAGGCCGUUCACGGUCAUACUCAUCAGAGUGAGCAUGCGCUGUUCAGCGGUAGUUUAUACCCGCAUGCGUGGAAUUCCAAGCAGAGGGCAGCAACACCCGUUGGUCUGCAAAUAUUGUAUGGAGUGUUCAAGGAUGCCGGGUUUCAAACUAUGUUCUUGGAUGACCUGUGUUGGAAGGCUGUUUACGGCAUCGUUACUAAGGUCAAGUCUUACAGUUGGAGAUCUUUGCUCAGCAAAAUGAAGACAACGAAUAUUGAUACGCGAGGCAUUACCGAAGCUUCCUGCAAGCUCUUGGCAGAGAAAGGCAAACACGAUUUACCGUUUUUCGACAACAAACAGCAUCAAUUGUGUUUCAACGGCCAUCACCAGCACGAAUAUCUCUUCGAUUACCUGACACGUUACAUAGACAUCACCCGCUCCCCAGGGAGCAAGCCUCUCUUCUCGUACACCUCGACCCACGUCUCCCACGAUGAAGUCGGCUUGCGAGUUCAGAGCGUGGAUAAACACCUGAAGGAUUUCAUCAACACCUUGUCCAGAAAGAAGAACACCAUUUCGUUCCUCUUCGCAGACCAUGGGAACACCUACACCCCUUAUCAAGUCAAGUUUCUCGAAGGCAGACAGGAGAUGUACCAUCCUAUGAUGGUUGUCGUGCUUCCAAAAAAAUUAGCUCGAAAAUUCGGAAGGAAUAUCGUGAGGAAUUUGACGACAAACCAGCAUCGACUGUUUAAUAUGUUUGAUUUUCGAGCGAGUCUAGUUGCGCUUGCAAACUACGAUGGAAAAUCCGAAUUAGACCCUGCAGGAUUGUUUGGACAUAUAUCAAGACACAGGACGUGUAGGGAUGUAGCUAUGACUGAAGCUGCCAUUUGCUUGUGCAGGACACGUAAAACUGUCGAGUUAGACCCGGCAGAUGAGUUCAUAUUAUCGGAAUUUGCUGUGGGUGAGUUGAAUAACAAAAUACAAAGAGCUCUAUCAAAAUCGCGUAUUUCGUUGAGAAAUUCCACAGCGGGGUUACCUGUGCUUUUUGGCGCAUGUCAGCGUUUGCGCAUUCGGAAAGUGACAAAUAUCGUUCAAGAGUCGCAACCCGAGGGACUCUUGGCGACGUCCAUGGACCUUACGGUACAAUCAGGGACAAUUGUUGACCAAGUUGAACUCAUUACGGUUCGGGUUCAAUCGACGGCCAGACGGGAUGCACAGAGCCAGAGCCACCUUAAGAUGAAAUUGCUUUCAUUUAAUCGCAUAUCCCAAUAUGGGUCACACAAAAUGUGCGCUGACCAGGGUGUGCCGCUGUCCUUGUGCGUCUGCGAUAAAAUAUCAGCGUCGGCUGAACCAAAAUCUACCAAGGAAAUACUUGGUGUAAAUUCUUCCAUAACUUCGCACCCGUCACUUUCAUGCUUACUACAAAUUCGCCGGGAACUAUCGAUCAAUAGUACAACAACACCUGAAGUUGGAGUAUUUGAAAUGGCUAACAUCUGCAGAGACCGAACAGUAAAUGUUACAAUUAGCGCUAAAAAUAAUAUUCGAACGUCGGCAGAUUUGCCGAUGUUUUUUACUUUAAAACCUAGGACUGUAUAUUUUGUAAGUUCGUUGAGAGCUGGGAAUGUUAAUAUUGGGAGUUUAGAGUUGAAAGUGGAUAUUGAAAUUUCAAAAGAUGUAUCUGGCAGUGAGCAUAUAGAUACAACAUCGUAG